AUGGACGACUUGAAUCUGUUGGAUGGAUUCUGUAUUCCUAGAAUGUAUGUACCGAGUUCGUACAGUCAGAUGAAAGUACGGGAAGUGUUAAUCUUUUCUGAUGCUUCGGAGAAGGCUGUAGCUGCAGCUGCUUAUCUCAAGACAACAGAUGACCUCGGUCAACAGCAGUUGGAGUUCAUUAUGGUUAAAUCCAAAUUAGCACCUUCAGCUGGUAAUAGUAUACCUCGCUUAGAGCUUUGCGGGGCAGUCCUGGCGACAGAAAUUGGGCAGUUCCUUGCAGAACAGCUUGAAAUACUUACAACCAAGAUGAAAUAUUUUGUUGAUAGCAAGGUUGUCCUCGAUUAUAUAAAGAAGGACACACGGAGAUUUUAUACCUAUGUUAGCAAUAGGGUAGCCAGGAUUCGUCAUGCCACUUCACCAGAACAAUGGAAUUAUGUGCCUACCCAUUUAAACCCUGCAGAUGUUGCUACAAGGGAUGUGUCACAGGACAUUUUGACAGCCAUACAAAUAUGGUUGAAAGGACCUGAGUAUAUCUUAAAGGGCAUGGAAACAUCAAAAGAAGAACCAGAGAUAUUUCCCCUCAUUGAACCAGACUCUGAUAAAGAAAUCCGUCCAGUACAGGUGCUACAAUUCACUGUCUCAACACACUUACCACUAGAUGAACGAUUCACGAAAUUCUCAACAUGGAAGGGGUUAGUUCAUGCAAUUGCCAUCUUGAAAUAUAAUGCAGGCUGCCACAACAAAGAAAAUGACUCAUCUUGCGAAGGAUGGCAUUGGUGCCAGGAAGGAACAAGUCCAGCUGGACUUAGAGAGGCAGAAAAAUUUGUGAUAAAAACCCUGCAACAAAAGCACUACUACAAGGAGAUCAACAAUUUAAGACUAGGGUUGUCGCUCACCAAGGAAAGUCACAUCAUACCACUGUCUCCUUACUUGGAUGAAGAUGGUCUCCUGAGGGUUGGUGGCCGAUUAAAUCGUCUUCGAGAUAGUCUAGGCCUCGCAUCUACGAAUCCUAUCAUCAUUCCGAAGGGGGUUGUAGCAAUGUUUCUUGUUAAACAUUUUCAUGAAAAAACCUUUCACCAGGGCCGGAAAUUUACUGAAGGGAAAAUACAUCUCAUCUCUCAUUGGGAAAUGUGUUUUGUGUAA